AUGGUCGAUACUAGUGGCUCACUUGCUCUGGCAUCUCGUGGUCUGUACUCGACAGGAGUUUCAACAGAUCUCAGCGUGACCUACCUCAAUGCAGGCGGUAAGAUCGGUGAUUUGGUGAAAGGCGAGGUCAUCUGCGACAAGUUCGGCAAAACCCUCGCAUACACUUCCGUCAAGUUCAUGAACAAGAAUAACGAGAUCGUGGCUCGAGGAAGCCACACCAAAUUUGUCGCCCUCGCCUGGAAGGACGAGAGAAAUAUUACAGAGGAUCUGAAACCCGAAGUCAGCGAAUCCAAAGCCAGUGAAGUCACACGGACGAGUUUCAAGUGA